GCAGAGCAGUCUCGGUAUCCGGAAAUGAACAGUCCCGUGAUGUUAGAGGAGGGCUAGCAUAGCGUCGGAAUGACUGCAGUGCCUUUUCUCAGACUGCCCUUCCAAACCUUUACGCUGUCAGCUAACAGUUUAGCUCCGCUCUGGUCUAUAAAACAUGAAAUUACAGCAGAGUGAUGCUGUCGGAUUUGUGUAUCCCUCCGCUCGGCCGUUAAAGAGAUGACACCCUCCACCGGACCUAAAGCAUCCGCUCUGCUAGCUUCGCUAGAGCCAGGGGUCGGAUUUAUGAGCCGUCAUCGCUAAAGGGCUUAUUGAUAGGGGCUGCGGUGAAGGAAGUUACUCUGAACUCCUCGAAACAUGUCGCGGUUUGUCUUGGAAGAGCUGUCGGAUUUCAGGGACUACGCUGGAAGCCAGAAGCUGAGUGACUUACUAAUUGUUUCUAAAGAGGAGCCCAGCAGGAUCAAACUGUCAGACGUUCGUGUGAGUCCAGAUGGACGUCACAUCCAUGUCCUCCUCCGCCAGCCUAAGGUGGGUCUCAUGACUUUUGACAAGCAUGAAAGACCCCAGCUGGCUCUCAACCCGAAGAAGCUGGACGUGUGGUUCAAAGGGGGCGUCUCCAUAGUGGAUGUCUUCUACUUGGAUCUCCUUCAUAACAAAAGCAAGGGGACAGGAGUUGUUACUGUGGUUGUUUAUGAGAAUGGGAAAGCCGAGUUUUGGAAAUUCCUGGACUGCAAGACCGGCUGGUAUCUCCUGCAGACCUCUGAUCUGUGCAACAGCCCCCGGGCCAGAGUGGUGUCAGUGUGUGUGUGCUCCAGCCUCCUGGUGUGGUGUGAGGAGCGUCCAGCCUCAGAGAGCUCCCCUGCCCUCAGCUCCACCAGGAACAAACUGAGAUACUGCGUCUGCAGGAGGGACUGUGCAGUAGAGGAUGGAGCUGUGAACCUGGGAGGACUGAAAAUCAUCCUUCACAAUAAUCCUAAAUUCACUGUCAUCAGCUCAGGCGACUACGUGCAUCUGCUGCCUGACCUGAAAGCCAAGCUGCAACUGUGCAUCUCCAAAUUCUUCCUGACGUGGUCCCCUCACCACGACAACUUCACCAUCAGCACCACGUGCAAAAACACCCCGAUAAAGAAGCUGUCGGCCAAGGAGUCCGACUUCAGGCGGCUGAUUGCGGACUGUUUGGGAUAUCUGUCAGCUCUCGAGCCGCCGGAAAUCUGCAGCUUUUCUCCCACAGGCUGUGGAGGCCUGCUGCUGCUCCUCAACACGGGCUGGCUGUACCUCCUGCAGGAAGACGGGAUCCUGCGGCGGGUGUACAAGCUGGCGGACAACUUCACACCUCAGGCAGACACUCACACCAGCCUGUGCUUUUACGUGGACACCGUGGCGCUAAUGGUCGGGAAAACCCUGCACCUGAUAGAGGUGAACUGUGGCAGAGAGCUGCAAAAGAUUGCGUUGAAAAGAGAGGGGUUGUUAUACGCAAACCAGGAAGACACACGGACUCCCUUUCUGCUCUCAGAAACUGGACUUUUCAUGCUUGCGAAGAAGGACUCUACGGGGAAAGCUCCGGGCCUCAGUCCGGCUGAGAGUAAUCAGUCCGGCGCUGUCCUGGUUGAAGCCGUCUUUGAGGAGGCGUGUAAGUACUACCAGCAGAGGAGCCUCAGCAGCACGCAGCUCACCGUGGAGUCCCUGAAGAAGGGGGGACGGUUCCAGGCUCCCAUCUCUCUGGCCUCCAUUCUCAGGAACUACCUCAACUCAGGCAUGAGGAGAAUGGAGACAAGGUCGCUGCAAAAUGGAGGAGGUGACUAUAUUGUAGGGCAGGAGAAGUUAAUGUGCUCUCUGGAGGGGGAACUGAGGGCUCUGGUGGCUCUGGAGGAGCUGAAGGGGAGUUUAGUGAGGGGGGGUGUGAAAGAGGUAGAGGCAGUGGGUAUGACGCUGGUGGAGAAAGAAGUGGUGAGGUUGCUGUCGUCCUCCGAACUGGACGGCGAAGCAUUGCUCUACCUGAACUCCAUCUUCAGCAUGUUCCCCCGGCAGGCGUGGAGCGCUGCUCAGGCUGCGCUGCAACUGCACCACAACGGGGAGGGCUCCCUGUCCAGCAGGGCCACCCCAGAUGUGUGGAAAAUGGUUCUCACUCCUUGCCCAAACUCCCUUCCCGCCACAAACGGUCAGUCAAAGCACAGCCCCGGCCUGAAAGGGGAUAAUAACUGUAAGGUCAUGACCUCCCCAGUUGCCCUGCCUGUGUUUGAGCUUCUCUGCCAGUCGGUCGUUCGCUUUCAGCCCGGCUGGCUGCCGAGGUUCCUGCAGCUCUCCCAGCAGCAGAGCUCCGCGGCGUUGGGACUCAGCCUGGCUUCGUCCUCUUGGGGUUUCCCCAGCGGGAGAGGCGGGGAAAGCGGGGAGAACAAUGUUCCCCUCUACAGGCGGGCACUGUGGGUCCUGUCCAGCCUGGACCCGGACACAGAGCAGCGGCAGGACCUGGAGGUGGAGCUGCUGCUCAUCAGUGGGCGGCCCAAUGCUAUCCUGCAGGCGCUGCAGAUCCUCAUGAUGAAGCGCCAGUGGGAGCGGGUCACCCAGGUGGCCCAGCAGUUCUGCAAACAGAGCCCUCUGCUCAACAAGGAGAUCUUCAACUCUCUGCUAUGCGAGGUGUCUCAGCACCGGGAGCUGGACCCCUACCUGGACCUGCUGUGGGCGCUGUGCCCCGAGGACUACACCGUCACCACCAUCCUCAACCUGGUGCUCAAAAACAUUUCCUGCAGCUCUCCAUCUCCCGCUCCAUUUGCAGACCCCCGCAGCAGCCAGCUGGCCAUAGGGCAGCUGAAGCCGCUGCUGAGAAAAGUUCUGCAGAGGGAGACGAAGCCCAGCCAGCGGUACGCCGACAUCCUCCAGUCGCCAUUGUACCCGCCGCCGGCUCUUCCCCGCCAGCCCACCAUUCGGCCGAGCUCCGUGUCCGACGCAGACACUCCGUCUCCUCACACAGAGACACAAGAACUGAAAUUAUCUCCGAACACAAACGCUCUACCUGCAGACCCAGGUGGAUUUUCAUAAACCCAAACGAACUUAACGGAGAACGAAACAUGUCCAAACUGAAUGUCAGCAUGCUUACGUUAGCACAAAGAUGCAAAUAAGUUAAAUGUUCAUCAGUAAAGUAAUUAACUGACACUAGUGAGGUGGCUUUUAGCAGGUUGUCAGAACAAAUCUGACAACUGGAAACUCUGAACUGACUACUGAAGACUCAACAAGUGUACGUAAUGCAGUGAAGGUUGACCUUUUAGUGUAAAUUCAGAAUCUACAGGGUUAUUUAUCACUUAAACCAUAACUGCAUGAGAAUGAAACUGUUCUCGCACUAGCGUAUUUAAUAUCAGCCUUAUUAAAAUACAAUGGUGGCAUAUAGGUUACUGUAAUAAGACGGUACAACUAAUUGCUUGAUAAAUAUCAAAGCCACUAAUUCAGACUUGAAGUCUGGAUUUUUUAAAGCUUCCUUCCUUUCCUGCUGUGUUAUUUCUAAAGCCUUUACAGCAUCUACUUGAGUAACUUAAACCUGUAUCAGAAGUUAUGCAGUAUUUAAAAAGCGGUCCAAAAAACACCUUAACUACAUAUGGGGUUUAUUAUAUUGUCUUUACUAAUUUUAUCUUGAGUUGCUGCUUCCUUGCAGCUGGUAGAGCCGCCUUUCUGUUCUUGUUUUCUCAAAGUGAGGUAAGACAGGCGGGGUCAAGGUUCUACUGCUGACUUUUAGUUUCACAUUCGACAAAUCAAACAGGCUUAAACAUUAACUCCGUUUUGAUUGACUUGCUCUGACACGACAACCAAAACAUCCAGGGGUCUGUUUCUCCCUUUGGUGUCGUCCAUUUUCCCUUCCAGGCUCCAUCUUGUCCCCUCUAAACCCAACUCACGGGACAUUCCAGACCACAUUCCCAGUAAAAGUGACUCACAUUUUGGACUUUAAAUUAAAUUUUCAGCGCUAAUCUUGUUGAGAUUCGAGUGUGUGUGUGCAUGUGUGUGUGUGUGUGUGUGGGAGGGACAUGUUUGGACCAAAUCAGUCUCUAUGUUGCUUGCGUAAGAUCUCAUAUGUUGACCUUCUUGGAACCACUGUGGAAAAUGUUAUUAGAGAUGAUAGGCUUUCUGUAUUCUUGGCUCUGCACUUUUAUAUCACACCAGUCAGUGUUGACUGUUUUGAGCUCUGGAUGUUUCUGUUGAGAUUGAGCUUUUCUGAUUUAGGGUGGGUGAAGAGAGGGUUUUAGUUUUUUUUUUUAAAAAAAGGAUUGUAUUUUCUACUAAACUAUGGAAACAUCCAUAAUAUUCUUAUUUAUUUUUAACCAAACUUCUGAAGACUACUAAGCUCUGUGUGGGUGUGGCUCAGUGAAACUGGGAUGUCUCCUAUACAUGACAAUCAGACUUCAAAGUGCUGCAGGACACUCGGUGCCUCUCAGCUGCCAGAGCGGUGUCACAUUUCUGCCGCAUCUCUGCAGCGCCCUCGUAUUCCUGAGGGGGAACUUCCAGCAUCCAACCUCUGUAUGCUUUCCUUUCCUCCUCCGUUUUUAAAUUCACUCACAAAUUCUUGGGAUUUGUCACUGCAGUCCGUCGCUCUGGUGUCUUAAUGUAUGACAGAGCCGACGGUCUGAUGUCAGAUCACUGUGCUGAACGUGAACUGAGACUCUGGGAACUCCCUGACUUCCCCCCACACACACAGGCCGCUCAGAACGUUGAACAUCCUGUUCAUCUCUGCCUUUUUAUUGCUGCAGUUUAUGUUCAUUUCUUCUUCAUAUCCACAUUGUAACUGAUUUUUUUGUUUGUUUUUUUGCCAAUGUCUACUGGAGGAGUUUAAAAAGUUAGACAAAUUAAAAGUAUUUAUCAGCAUAUGUUUCUAUGCUAUUAAAAGUAAAAACGAGA